UCCUUCAACCUUUGCACAAUAGGUCUCAGUUUUACAAAUAGACACGUGGAGUGAAUGUGAAACCUGAGAGCCAACGUACGGCACGUAAACUCUAUAAAGUGCGUAGCGGAGUUACUGGUGAUCAGGUGUGGGGCAUUUUCUAUGACGACCCUGAAGAGUUUUCUGACAUUCAACCUUGCCCUCUAGUGGCAUUCUGUGGAUACAACACAAUUGCCGGUCAAGAGAGAAGGACCUCAUGAGAUGCAGCAUUCCAGGGAAGAGAGUAUGACCUGUUAAAAUCUGCAAUUACAGCAACAGAUCCAUAAUUGCUAUUGUAAACUGGACUAGAUUAAGGAACUGGCAAAUGGAACAUGAAGAUACAUGGGAUAAACCUAUAUAACCCCUGAUUAAAAGCUGCAAGUCUUGCUCAAGAAACUGCAAAUUGAGUCACACAGGAAAGGACACUUCCCAAGAGAACCAAGAAAAACAAAAGACAGAUGGAAGCAUUGGCAAAUAUAAGCACACUACCCACAGCUACACUAGUUCCAAAUGACACAAGAAAUACCAGCUCUCACAGGUGGGAGUUCCUGGUAGCUGUCCUGGCCACCGCCAUCUCCAUGUCCAUUCUAAUGGCUCUCGUGGCUAAGUGUCAAGCGGUUCGGCGCUACCUGGCAAGGUAUCGGCACACUCGGUUGAGGGAGACAGAGACACUCAGCCAGUGUGAGCAGUCAGGUCUGGAGGUAGGCUUUGACAUGCAUGGAGAAUGUGAAAUGAACCGUCAUCAUCCUGUGAGUGCUGAAGAUGACGAUGGCUUCAUUGAGGACAACUACAUCCCAACAAGUGAAAGAGUGAGAGCUGAAAGAGCAGCAGAGAACAUGGAUGAUAUGGAGGACACAGAGGAAGAACUGGAUGAAAGUGAAUUUACCAUUACUUAGAAAUCGAGCGAUGUUUGACCUCAUUUGCUGCACAAACACCUGCGCCCCCAAGUGAACCCCCAUGUCCAAUCCCACUUUUUCACUUUUUAUUUUUUGCAUACUUUAAUGACCAACUGGGUAGUUAAUAACUGAAGCAUUCAGAAAUUAUCAAGCGGUUUAUUGCGCUUUCAUUUUCGGGACAGAAUG